UCCUCAGAAUGCUAAAUCGCUCGCAAAGGCAUCUUGCAUCAGCCUGCAGAAGUUUCUUUCCAGCCCAGCUUCUCCAUCUAGGGCGAGAAAGUGGAAUCUGUCUGCUUUCCUUUAACACUGUGGAUUAAACUUCUGAAAACCUCCUGCGCCUUCCUCCCCCAAAAGUUCAUCUUAACAUCCAGGUACAAAACUGAAGAAGAUGCGUGCUCCUCCCCGAACCAUGAUAGCUCUGCUGAUCCUGCUGAAUAUUCCAAGUGCUGUGAAAGCUCAGGUCAAUCCAGCCGUAUGCCGCUACCCAUUGGGUAUGUCAGGUGGGCAUAUCCCAGAUGAGGACAUUACUGCUUCUAGCCAAUGGUCUGAAUCCACAGCAGCUAAGUAUGGAAGGCUAGGUUCAGAGGAUGGGGAUGGUGCAUGGUGCCCUGAGAUCCCUGUGGAGCCAGAUGACCUCAAGGAGUUCCUGGAGAUUGAUUUACAUCUCCUGCACUUCAUCACCCUGGUAGGGACCCAAGGCCGUCAUGCAGGAGGUCACGGCAAUGAGUUUGCUCCAAUGUACAAAAUUAAUUACAGCCGGGAUGGGACCCGCUGGAUCUCUUGGCGGAACAGGCAUGGAAAGCAGGUGCUUGAUGGAAACACCAACCCAUAUGAUAUUGUCCUCAAGGACUUGGAGCCACCCAUCAUUGGUCGAUUCAUACGCUUUAUUCCAGUGACUGACCAUUCCACAAAUGUCUGCCUCAGGGUGGAGCUCUAUGGUUGUGCCUGGCUUGAUGGGCUGGUUUCGUACAGUGCUCCUGCAGGUCAGCAAUUAGUUCUACCUGGUGGCACCAUAAUUUACCUGAAUGAUUCAAUCUAUGAUGGCUACAGCAUGUCGGAAGGACUAGGCCAACUGACAGAUGGGGUUUCAGGCCUGGAUGAUUUUAGCCAAACACAUGAAUACCAUGUAUGGCCUGGUUAUGACUAUGUUGGCUGGCGCAAUGAGAGCACCACCAAUGGCUAUGUGGAAAUCGUCUUUGAAUUUGACCGGAUCAGAAAUUUCACCACCAUGAAGGUUCACUGCAACAAUAUGUUUGCCAAGGGAGUGAAGAUUUUUAAGGAGGUGCAAUGCCACUUCCGCUCUGAUGCAAAUGAAUGGGAUCCGAACACCAUCUCCUCAGUGCUGGUAUUAGAUGAUGUGAACCCCAGUGCCCGCUUUGUCACUGUGCCCCUACUCCAUCGCAGGGCUAAUGCCAUCAAAUGCCAGUUCUACUUUGCUGACACCUGGAUGAUGUUCAGUGAGAUCACCUUCCAAUCAGAUGCAGCCAUGUACAACAAUUCUGGAGCCCUUCCCGAGUCUUCAGUGACUCCCACUACUUACGAUCCAACCCUCAAACUGGAUGACAGCAAUACUCGCAUCUUGAUCGGCUGCCUGGUGGCCAUCAUUUUUAUCCUGGUGGCCAUCAUUGUAAUCAUCCUCUGGAGGCAAUUUUGGCAGAAGAUGUUGGAAAAGGCCUCUCGCCGGAUGCUGGAUGAUGAAAUGACUGUAAGCCUCUCACUGCCCAGUGAGUCCAGCAUGUUCAACCACAACCGCUCCACAUCAUCCAGUGAACGAGAAUCCAACUCCACGUAUGAUCGCAUAUUUCCCUUGGCUGCAGACUACCAGGAGCCUUCUCGACUCAUACGCAAGUUGCCUGAAUUCACCCCAGUGGAGGAUGAGGCAGGCUGCAGUGGAUCUACCAAACCAGCCCAGCUAAGUGGAGCCGAAGGGGUCCCCCAUUAUGCGGAGGCGGACAUUGUCAACCUGCAGGGGGUGACAGGCAGCAACACCUAUUCUGUCCCUGCAGUUACCAUGGACUUGCUGUCUGGCAAAGAUGUGGCUGUGUCUGAGUUUCCUAGGAAGCUGCUGACUUUCAAGGAGAAGCUGGGAGAAGGCCAGUUUGGAGAGGUCCACCUGUGUGAAGUAGAAGGAAUGGAGAAGUUUGUGGACAAUGAUUUUGUUCUGGAUGGCAACACUAGCCAGCCUGUCCUACUGGCUGUGAAAAUGCUGCGAGCCGACGCCAACAAGAAUGCCAGGAAUGACUUCCUCAAGGAGAUUAAGAUUAUGUCCAGGUUGAAGGACCCCAAUAUCAUCCGGCUGCUGGCCGUGUGCAUCACUGACAACCCUCUCUGCAUGAUCACUGAGUACAUGGAGAAUGGCGACCUCAACCAAUUCCUGUCUCGCCAGGAGCCUCAGAGCUUGUCAGAGAGCUCCACCCCCUCUGUCAGCUAUGCCAACCUGAAAUUAAUUGCCACACAGAUCGCUUCUGGCAUGAAGUAUCUGUCCUCCCUGAAUUUUGUUCACCGAGAUCUGGCUACACGCAACUGCCUGGUAGGGAAGAAUUACACAAUCAAGAUCGCUGACUUUGGCAUGAGCCGGAACCUCUACAGUGGAGACUACUACAGGAUCCAAGGGCGGGCAGUUCUCCCCAUUCGCUGGAUGUCAUGGGAGAGCAUACUUUUGGGAAAGUUCACCACAGCAAGUGAUGUGUGGGCGUUUGGUGUGACCCUCUGGGAGAUUUUCACCUUUUGCCAUGAGCAGCCAUAUUCCCAGCUCUCGGAUGAACAAGUUAUUGAGAACACCGGAGAGUUCUUUAGGGAUCAGGGACGGCAGACCUACCUUCCACAGCCUGCCUUCUGUCCCGAUCCUGUAUAUAAGCUAAUGAUCAGCUGCUGGAGACGAGACACUAAAGACCGUCCCUCCUUCCAGGAGAUCCAUUGCCUCCUCCAAGAAGCAACCACUUUGUAGUGAUGCCUUUCUUCCUUCAUACCCUGCCCAACCCACCUGCCCUCCAAAACCUACACAUAGAACUGAAGCCACUUCACCUGGACUCACCAUUUCUUUCAGUAGCGGAGCUGGGACUUUUUAAAUCAGCCACCAAAGGAAAGGAAAGAAAAAAGAUGGGAUCUGACCAGGUCGGCCCUACAGCCUCAUUCACAGUGCUGUGCUUUGGACUGGCAAAGACUGGGGAGAAGGAAAAAAGCUAUUUAUCUUGUAUAUGUCGUAGGUUCUGGUUUCUGAAUGGCAUUUGUCUGUGAAUGGGAAGAGGAAAGCAUGAGAUACUCUUUUUUCCAUGAGGAAGAAUUUGAGAUGUUGUCUGACUACAGAGGACUGAGGGGGGAAUAGGCACGCACCAGUGGAAAGUGAAGUACCUAGCACUCCAGUAUUUUAUGUCCAGGGCUGUGUGUGUGUGAUAUAAUUCUGUAGGAGGGCAGAAAAAGAGUCGAAUGUGGUACUGGAUGUAGAAUUUGGCUUCUUUAGAAACUCUGCUUUUGUUUUAAAUAAGAAUAGGUUUUCUUGUCCUUAUUAUGAUGUAUAAAUGCUUGAAAAUAUGUGGACAGAGCUUGUUGAAAUCUCAGAAGCCAGAACAGUUGCAGAAUUUAGUUGCACUAGAUGCAGAAUUUAGAUUGCUUUUGUGUAAAGUUUAAUUUUUAUUCA